UCCCUACCUGUCUUGCUGGACUUGGCUAACUUUCUUAUGUCAGCAGAAGAGUUUAUGUUGUACCCUGUUUUCGGUAGUAAAAUCUAUGCUAUAUUUUAUUGUAGUGACAGGAAACUAGCACUUCUGGUGAUAUAUCUUGAGCUACCCUGUUUUUGGUUUGUUUUUGUGGUUAUAAUUUUUUGUUGUAGUGACAGGGGCGCUACUUCUGUUGGUAAAUUGAAUAAACUAGAUGAUACCCCGCGCGUUGCUGCGGGAGUCGGUUGCAAUAUAUUUCAAUGAGAUUUAACUGUGUGGAAUAUAAAUGUUUAUAGAUUAAUAACAUGUGAACCAAAAUUAAAAAUACAUACGACUUGUUAUAUUUGAUUAUGUAUAGUUGUAAAAUAUUUAUUGAAUAUAAAUAGAAUAAUAGAAUGGAAAAAAAUUCCCCAUGCAUUGUAGAAUGUGGUGGUUUUUUUUUCUCAUGCAUGGUGGCAUGUUGAGGUGGGCAUUAUCCCAUUCAUAAUUGUAUGGUGAUGUGGCAUGCUUGCAUGUUAAGAUAAAUAAGUUAGUGGGGAUAACUCUCUUAGGUAUAUAUAUAAGAUAAGAUGAGGAGAGUUUGAUUGAUAAGAGAACUGGAGAAAGCACAGCGAGUACAAGUAGCACUUCCACAACCUAGUAGGGUUAAUCUUAUUAAUGGUGAGCUUAAUCCAGAUGAAGUCACAUACAUUUUAAGACUAAGCUAGGUCAAACUAGCCCUUAGGACUGCUCACGGAUGCCCUUUAUUUAUUUAUUUGUGGGCAAUUAUUUUUGUUUCUGAACUUUGCUUGCUAACUCAUAUUCUGCUCAGUUAAUGGAUGCCCUUAGGAAUGUUGCUUGAUGUUUGAUUGCACAGUUACUACAACUACUGAUAGAGCUCAGAUUCUGCUAGCUGCCCAAUCUAUGGACGGCAAUCUUAGUUCGGUAGCGGAAGGCGAUCUGAAGCUGUUCCAGGAGCAGAAUCUUCCCAACUUUCUCCUCUCCCUAUCAGUAGAGAUGUCAAGUGAUGAAAGGCCACCAGAGUCUAGAACGGUUGCUGGUAUUAUGCUUAAGAAUUCGUUGGACACAACGGAUUCUGCAAAGAAAGAGCUGCUGAUUCAACAGAGGGUCACCCUGGAUCCAUCUGUCAAAGUCAAAGAUUAAGGAGUCAUUGUUGAGAACACUAGAAUUUUUAAUGCCUCAUGCGAGGCAGGCCUCAUCACAAGUCAUUUCAAAGGUUGCAUCCAUUGAGACCUCAUUGCCAAAUUACUGGGCAACAUGGCACAGCACGGCGCAUCUGCUGCAGUGCAGCAAGGAACACUAGAGGUGCUGGGGUAUGUCUGCGAGGAGUUUCCUCCUGAGCACUUGGAGCAGGAUCAGGUGCCUGCUGUUGUUCAGUGAAGUGAACCAGGCAGAGCUAAGUGUUGAAGUCUGUCUUUGCAGCAGUUAAAGUUCUAUAUAACACUCUUGAUUUUGCUGAAAGCAACUUUGCAAACGUUAUGGAGAGGAGCUAUAUAGUGAAAGUAAUUUGUGAUACUGUUGUAUCUUAAGAUGUGGAGAUCAGGCAUACAGCUUUUGAACUGCGAGCACUGUCAAAGGAGAUGAGGAAUCAGUUGCAGUUCAAGCUAUUGAGUUCUGGAGAACUGUUUGUGAUUAAGAGUUUAAACUCCAAGAAGAGUACGAGGUAUCUGAUGAUGCGAACUCUAGUGUAAUUUUAAUGCUCCAUUGAAAAGGCCAUCCCUUUACUUGUUCCAAUGCUGUUCGAAACUCUGUUGAAUGAAGAGGGUUAUCAUGAGCAUGCUGACAAUGUGCGGAACAUUUCCAUGAUUGGUGCAAAGUGCCUUGGCCUCAUCGCUAGAACUGUUGGUGAUGCAAUUGUCCCUCUUGUGAUGCCAUUUGUUAAGGUUAACAUCACAAACCUGGAUUGGCAUUGUCGCGAGGCAGCUACUUUUACAUUUAGCUCUAUCCUUGAAGGUCCCUCUGUUGAGAAGCUUACCCCCCUGGUGCACGCUAGACUUGAUUUCUUGGUCAACUCAAUGAAAGAUCUAAACAACCAGGUAAAAGUCUCCACCGCGUGGACUCUGCGGUGGAUGUUUGAGCUUUUGCAUUCUCCAGCCAGUGGAACUCCUGUUAUAACAAAUGCAAACCUCCCUCUUAUCAUGACUGUUUCUGGAGAGUAGUAAGAUGUUUCAAAUGUGGCCAAGAAUGUCUGUGGAGCCAUAUGUUGUUUUGUCCAAGGUUAUGAAGAUGCUGAGUCAAGCUCAUCUCUGCUUACACCCUAUCUUCCUAAUGUCAUCGCUGUGCUCCUUUGUGCUUCAGAUCGUGCUGGUACUACCCAUUUGAGCCUCCACACGUCUGCUUUUGAAGUGUCAAAUGAGGUUAUGAGAGUUAGCAACAUAGCUGAAACUUCAAACAUUAUAGGCCAGCUAUGUCAGGGGAUCAUGAAAAGACUGAACCUGAAAUUUUUAACUCCAAAUACUCUCGCCUGGUGACAGGGAGAAGCAGAGUGAUCUACAGGCUUUGUUGUGUGGUGUACUGCAGGUCAUCAUCCAGAAACUGAGCAACUCUGAUGUGAUGUCCGUGAUUUCCCAGACUGCUGAUCAAUUGAUGUUUCUGUUUCCCUGUGUCUUUGCUUGCCCCAGUUCUACUGUACAUGAAAAAGCAAUACUUGCCAUUUGUCAAGUUGCUUAUGGCAUUCGUGAAGCAGGCUUGCAGAAUAAGGAAGAAUACCAAAUAUGCUCCAUUUCUGUAUGGGUGAUGGGUGAUAUUUGCCGUGCCAUUGAAGACAAAAUGCAGCCUUUCUGUGAUUGCAUUAUGACUGUUCUUUUCAAGGAUCUUGCAAGUUCAAUGCUUCACCGGUCUGUCUGACCUCCAAUUUUCUCAUGCUUUGGAGACAUUGCUCUUGCUAUUGGUGAGAAUGUCGAGAAAUACCUGCAAUGUACCAUGCCAGUGCUUCAAGGAGCUGCUGAGCUCGUUGUUUUGGAUCAAAGCAACGAAGAUACGAUUGUUCACCAUAACCAGCUGAGACAUGGAAUAUUUGAGGCUUACUCCGGUAUACUGCAUGGUAUGAAGGAAAAGCUCAGCUGAUGCUACCUUAUGCAAGCCAUCUAUUUCAGUUCACGGAAGCUGUCUACAAAGACCCAAGCAGGGAUGAGAGUGUGACAAAGGCUGCGGUUGCGGCCCUGAGUGAUCUCGCAGACAUACUUGGUCUGAUAUCCUGAUCUCAAAAGAUCUAUUCAGAAUCCGCCCUUCCAUGUUGAGCUCUUGAGCGAGUGCCUUAAUUCUGACAACGAAGUCAGGGAAAUCGCAUCGUCCCAGGGGGUGAUAACUGCUAACCGAAGCAGAGCUUUCUUAAUACGAGAGAUAUUUUCCUUUAUCGGCUGUGACGAAGGUUUCUUUUGUGGAUAUAUAUGCCAAGUCUGUUUGCCACGGAUGAAUGAAAGGCUAACAUAUAUGUACCAGUGUCAGUGGUAGGAUCCUUGUCGUAGGCUUCUUUUUGCGUUUUGUGUCAGACUGUCGAGUCGUUAUGCAUCAUACUUGACAGGGGUGGAUGGUGGCAUGUAGGUCAUGAACAGCUAACCUGAUUAACGUUGUCCUCGACUUGUUGAAUCAUCUGUGCUGCUGAUGUUACUGCUCGUCUUGUUGCUUUGCAUAUGUCAGGUGCUCAUCCAGUGCAACACUGUCAAGAUGUGUUUUCUUUGUGAGAAAUUUAAAGUGCGAUGCUCUAACUGAAUCCUUGGCGGUGUUAUGAUUUCAACAUCGUUCAAAAUUAUGCUGCGCCAUCAGUAUUAAGUAAAGAUGGGGCAUAACUAGUGUGAGAUCUGGGCCAUUGGAUGUACUUCAUGUGGUGCAGAUUGGUUGAGGCGUGGUUCCAGCCACUUUGUAGGUGAUAUUAGAACGUUCUGUUCAAUAUGUCAAGGGAGACACGGUUAGUAGCAAGUAUAAUCUGUUUCCACAGACAACUUGUAUUCCACCUUGUACUGCUGGUGUUUUUGUUUGAGUUGAUUCUCCAAUUUUGGAGCUUGCCAUCAGGAAAGCAGAGAAAGAAGGCAAUUGGAUUUUAAUCUUUUGUUGAUAUGGUAGCAAAACUGACGACAAUAUUGUUCUUCUAAAUGUCGGAGGAAACUAGCGCCACCUCAUCCUCGACACACUUGACAUGCCCAACCAAUGUGCAUAGUGUACCAACCAUCUCAGGUGAAUUGUUGGCAUCGAGAGUGCUAAUCUCUCUGGUUCUUCAUGACAAUAUGUUAUCUUCACAUCUGUCAGAAUAAAAUAAAAUGGAAGGGUGAUGGUAACUGUUAUGAAGUGAAGCCUGGAUUUAUCUCCAUUUUGCGCGUUGACCUGUCGAAGCACACGAGUAAUUGUGCUAGAUGGAGGAUUAUCUGCAAUUUCUCCAUGAUGCAUUUCAAAGGGAUUUGCUACUAAAACUUAUAAAUGAUCUGGUUGAAGGAAAAUGAAUAUGGGCGACGUCGGCUGCUAGCUGGAUCAAUGAAAACCCAGAGAAUUAGAAAAUGGAAAUGGAUUGCUGUGCUUCUUCCGUCAGUCGAAGCACGGAUGGUUGACUCCGUGGCCAGUGGCUACUAGUACAUCUACAAGUACUCAUCCAACUGACACUAGCGCUGCGUUGAGCUGUCUCCCGCCCCGGCCUGGUAGAAUCGCCUCUUGGUCAAACUCGAGCUCUGAACGCCGUUGAAUAUGCCAGGAGGGGGAGGAGCUCUGGCGGUGGGCGCCGGCGUCAGCGCCGGCGUGGCCUCCGGCUACAGCAGCGAGAUCACGUUCACGGUGGUGAUGAGCUGCCUCAUGGCGGCCUCCGGCGGGCUCAUUUUCGGCUACGACAUCAGUAUUACAGGCGGGUUGACGCAGAUGCGGUCGUUCCUGGAGGCCUUCUUCCCGGAGAUCAUCAAGAAGGUGGAUAGCGCGCAGCAGGACGCCUACUGCACCUUCGACAGCCAGGUGCUCACCACCUUCGUCUCCUCGCUCUACCUCGCCGGCGUCUUCGCCUGCCUGGUCGCCGGCCACGUCACGAGGAAGGUGGGCCGGAGGAACUCCAUGCUCAUCGGCGCCUCGUUCUUCUUGGUCGGCGCCAUCCUCAACUGCGCCGCUGUCAACAUCUACAUGCUCGUCAUCGGCCGCAUCUUCCUCGGUUUUGCUGUUGGCUUCACCAACCAGUCCGCACCUGUGUACUUGGCGGAGAUCGCGCCGGCGCGGUGGCGCGGGGCGUUCACGAGCAUCUUCCACUUCUUCCUCAACGUGGGUAUGUUCGUGGCCGACCUGGUCAACUACCGCGCCAACACAAUCCCAGGGUGGGGCUGGCGCCUCUCCCUCGGCAUUGGCAUCAUCCCGGCCGUCGUCAUCCUCGUUGGCGCCGUCUUCAUCCCGGACUCGCCCAACAGCCUGGUGCUGCGCGGGAAGGUCGACGAGGCCCGCCACUCGCUGCGCCGGAUCCGUGGCCCGACCGCGGACGUCGACGUUGAGCUCAAGGACAUCAUGCGCGCCGCGGAGGAGGGCGGCCGACACAAAUCCGGCGCGUUCCGACGGAUCCUGAUGCGCGAGUACCGGCCCCACCUGGUCAUGGCGAUCUUCAUCCCGCUCUUCUUCGAGCUGACGGGUAUGAUCGUGGUCACGCUCUUCGCGCCGCUCCUCUUCUUCACCAUCGGGUUCACGAGCCAGAAGGCCAUUCUCGGCUCCAUCAUCACCGACGUCGUCAGCCUGGCGUCCAUCUCCGUGGCCGCGCUCUCUGUCGACCGCUUUGGCCGCCGCUUCCUCUUCAAGUUGGGCGGCGGCAUCCUGCUCGUGUGCCUGGUGGGGAUGACAUGGAUCUUCGGCGCAGAGCUGGGCACCAACGGCGGGAAGGCGAUGCCAAGGCCCUACGCGGUGGCCGUGGUGGCGCUGGUGUGCCUCUUCGUGGCCGGGUUCGGCAUCUCCUGGGGGCCUCUCAAGUGGAUCAUCCCCAGUGAGAUCUUCCCGCUCGAGGUGAGGUCCGCAGGGCAGAGCAUGAGUGAGUCCAUCUCGCUCACGCUCACCUUCGUGCAGACGCAGUCCUUCCUCACCAUGCUAUGCAGCUUCAAGUAUGGCUCCUUCGCCUACAACGCCGCUUGGGUCGUCGUCAUGACGGCAUUCAUCAUCGCCUUCCUUCCAGAGACCAAGGGCGUGCCCAUAGAGGCCAUGGGUGCGGUCUGGUCACGCCAUUGGUACUGGAAACGCUUCGUCAAACUGGCACCGGAGCCCGCGCCCGCACCAGACAAACUGGCUGACGGGUCGCUUGAAAUGUAAGAGGCUCUGACGUGAUUGUAGGUUUGACUUGUCCAGUUGUAAUAUACGGCAACAACACCAGCUCUGGUUACUGUACUUCCACUACAAGUAGUGCGCGUAUUUUUUCAGAAAAAUUGUAGUGUCAGUUGUCAAAGGUUGAUGGCCCUUCAUUUUCGCGUGGUCUAUUUUCAAAAAGAAAUUUAUGGUA